AUGGUGGCGCAGUAUCUUCCACCAGAGCAGGAACGUCGUCAGUCUAAUGAGGACAUUGAUACUAGUACUGGAACAAAUGCUGGAUCUCCAACAGGUAAUGGAGAUUCUCUCAGUGUUGCGGGAGCGGCAAUUUCCACAGUGUCAUCAGGCACUAUGUUAUGGACCCGACAAUCUGGUAUUGGCGCUACACCUUUGGAAACUAAGGAAGCCUCAUUCGCUCAAUCAAUGCGAAAACCACCAUCUCUGCUUUGUGUGAAUGAACUAUAUCUUCAGCAUGAAAAUCGACCUGAUACUGAGGAUAAUAUAAGAGCUAACCUACAAGAAGAAGAAGACUCUGGCCCUGACUGGUUUCGCAACAUGGAUCCUGACACGCUUAUCCCAAUCAAGGAUGAUAAUGACAAUAUAAGAGCUAACCUACAAGAAGAAGAAGACUCGGGCCCUGACUGGUUUCGCAACAUGGAUCCUGACACGCUUAUCCCGAUCAAGGAUGAUAAUAAAGUACGAGAAAGCGAAGCGUGUACGACAGAAAACCAUUUUGACCCUCUUUCGAAUAUCCGUUUGCGUGCACGUGGCGAGAAGUACAAACCGAGAACAAGCGCCUCAUCUGUCAAAGCUUCAUUAUCACUUUCUCCGUCGAAGACCCAACUCGAUGAUGAUAUCGAACGAGCCUUUGAUCUCAGGGCUGAACACUUAUUGUCAUAUCUCUGCUCUCGAGAGCGAUUGCGUGACCUCAGGUGGAAACCAAUCAUUCUGAAGCUUGCCAAAGAAAUAGCACAUACUGUGAAGGUUGAUGUUGCGAAGAGACACGACAACAUGAACAUUGUGAAUUAUGUACAUGUCAAAAAGCUGUAUGUGGAUUACGAGGAGCCUCAAACUGAGCUUCUGUGGGGUGUUGUAUGCAGCAAAACUGUUUCGCAUGAGUCCAUGGCUCAACCCUUGCGAGAUGCGUCUGUCAUGAUUGUGGCAGGUUCUAUAGAAUACGAAAGGGUCCAGGGACGUCUGUCUACACUCGAACCUAUCUUGAAUCAGGAGGGAGAAUUCCUCUCAAAGCAGGUGGAACGAAUACUAUCGCGGCGUCCUUCGGUGUUAUUGGUGGAAGGUGGUGUGUCGAGACUGGCAGCAGAUUUGUUGUGUGAGGCAGGUGUACGGCUCGUGUCGGAUUUCGAACAAGCUCUCGCAGAGAGUGUUCUAUCUGCCUCACCGUUUAUUGACUACGAGCCUCCUUAUUUGGGAAUUGCUCAUUGUUGCCGUAUUUUAACGUGCCAGUCUAUCAGUUCUUCACAUGCAAAAGAUUUCGAUGCACGCCUGGCAGAGGAGGAAAACGAAGUUCAACGAAUUCUCGACAAACAGCAAAACAUUCCUGUCCCCGAGGCCCCUCGUCAUUAUUAUGCGACUUGCGGCGCUCGUGACGCCGACAGUGCUGAACAUCUCAGCUCGUUUCGAGCCUUCAGUGGGGUUCUCUUCAGAAAGCGUCUCCAGCUGCGAAAGACGAAAGACGCGACGCGAAGGAAUAGUAAGGAACGGCAACGGUCGGGACGGCAUGAUAUGCUCGAUCCCUAUGUCCACCAACGAGUAGCCGUUCUUUUUGGUUCCUUCUCUCCAAAAUCGCCAAACGCACCCUAUUUCUGUGUUCGUCCUUGGGUAGUCAAUAUGGAAUUCUACGGACCUCACGACAUGACUCUCGGAGAGUUCCUCACAAAAUUCUGCUUCAACAAAUCGUACGAGUGCGCAUCAUCCAACUGCGAGGUUCCUAUGCUCGAUCAUUCCAGAAAGCUGGUUUACGGGCGCGUUUGUGUUGAAGUUACCACCCAGAUUGUUGUCAGCGGUUCAGAUGAAUCUUCUAUUGCCAAUGCGUCUCCAUCGCAGAUUUUUGCAUGGAACUAUUGCGAUGGGUGCAAGUUGUCAUCUCCCGUCGUGCCGGUGAACUCAUCUGUUUGGCAUUUAUCGUUUGGGAAAUAUCUCGACUACAUCGCAUACACGGGAUUCUCUAAGGUUCGCCCUUACGAUGUCCAGUUUUCCCCUGUUCAAUGUCGCAUUGUUCCGAAUCAGUACAGUAAACAAGCUCUUCUGGAUGGUGUUACAAGAAUGGCUUCAUUAGCGGAUGAUAUUGUUCGAACGGCAGAAGAUCGGCUGCGUUUGUUCACACAACAUGACCACUAUGGGCAGUACGCUGGUACCUUCCAUACUGUGCUUCGUCAAGUAGUUGAGAAGACUAUUGCCUUGAUCGCAGAAAAACGUGAAUAUGCAGAAGAACUGACCUCUGUUGAUCGAGUCAUCAUCCCUUCAAAUGACAUCUAUGCCGUCAAGGCUAAUGAAGCCCUAAUGCGUAUCCGUGAAGCUAUCUACCAACUCAUAACAACAUGGAACGAUCAGAGCACAGUGCUCGCAGCAACAGUUCGUGCCGUAAAAAAGAACAGUGAGGAUAAUGGCGUAGUUUCCGAAUCGACUGAUAUCGGAUUGGAGCGAAUAGACGACCCAUUCCCAACUUAUCUACAUCUUGGUCUCAAACUUCAGCCGAGAGUUGGUGUUGUUGUUCGCGAUAUCAUGGACUCGAGAGGGAAUUACAAACCCGACAUAGGUAGCAUUAUUGCGUACGCGCUUUCAUCAGCAGAUUACGAGGAAAAUCGCAGGAAGCAACGAGAUGCUGCUAAAGGAGAACAACCACCACUUAAUCUCAAUUCCAGCAGUGUUGCAUCGGAUGAGCAGGCACUGGCCGCAGAACAUCUUGAGAUAGAGUUCCAAGACAAUCAGGCUUCCUAUUACGUGAAGGCGUACUACGCAGCAAGAUUCCGCCUGUUACGUAAGUUAUUAUUCACUGAGGGUGAAGAAGCAUUUAUUCGUUCCUUGUCUCAGAGCACUUUCUGGACACCACAGGGAGGAAAAUCAGGAUCAUUCUUCUAUCGAACUCAGGACGAUCGCUUUGUUGUGAAGCAGAUGUCUCGGUUUGAAAUUCAGUCUUUUGUUGAAUUUGCCCCUCACUACUUUGAAUACGUGAAAACAGCUGUGGUUGAAAAUAAAUUAACGGCUUUAUGUAAGGUCUAUGGAGUGUUCCGAGUCGGCUACAAAAGCAAAUCCACGCAACUGAAAUUUGACAUUUUGGUUAUGGAGUAUUUGUUCUAUAAACACAAUGUUAAUCAAGUAUGGGAUCUGAAGGGUUCUCUAAGAAAUCGGAUGGCUUCAACGGGAAAAAGUACAUCAGAUCUAGUUUUGUUAGACGAAAAUCUGAUGAAGGAUCUAUGGAAUAAACAGCUUUACAUCUACCCGCAUGCUAAAGCCGCACUCAACCAGGCAAUCAGCAAUGACAGCCAUUUUCUGAGCUCACAG